AUCUGAAGCGAGUGAGAGAUUAGAAAUCUUAUUUUUCAAUAAAAAUCUGAAAAGAGAGAUUAGGGGAGAGAGAGAGAGAGAGAGAGAGAGAGAGAGAGCUGUAUUUGCUCUCAUCGGAGACAGGUUGUAGAGGAAUUCUGGAAACUCCUUUGGAUUUUCAACAAAGAGGGACUUCUUAGAUCUAGAAUGCAUGGAAAGUCACAGUUUUUGAGAGCAGGCUGUCUUAUGAAGAUGGAUAUAUGGAGCUUCGACAAGAAAGCUCCAAACUCGGGGCACUAUCCGCUGCAACUUCACGUAAUCUCUCAUCUUCCUCCUCAGCAUUCGUCUCUGCAAGUCAGUCGCCCUUCUUCUCUCCAAGAUCGCCGAAAUCCCGCGAGCCCGAAUCAACCAGGUUCAACUCUCCAAACUCCUCCAACACCUUACUUCUAGCUGACUGUGAUCCCCUCACUUCAGUUUCUCUCCUCUCAAAACCCCAACCUCUAUCCUGCAUCGAUUUCGCCAGGCUCAAUGCUUUGCCUGCCUCGGCUAUCUGUACUUCAAACAACUCCCGGGAACCAACAGCUGAGAAUAAAAUCCCCGAUCUGGGUUCAUCCCCAAACGGCAUUUGCAAUAGCAAUUUGUCUACUUACAGCCAAGCGACUAGCAAUUGCUAUUUGGGGAAUAGAGAGAGGGCUAAAAGGUGGGGGAGAAACCACGGGAAGCUCUCAUUUGCUCGGAGUUCCGCUCCUCUUUCCUCCAACAGGCUGAGGAGCUGCGACGUCUUCAUUGGCUUUCACGGCCGCAAGCAUGCUUUGUUGAGAUUCGCAAAUUGGCUCCAUGUGGAGCUAGAAGUUCAAGGCGUCAGCUGCUUUUCCUCUGAUAGAGCUCGGUGUAGAAAUGCUCGCAGCCAUGAAGCAGUUGAGAGAGCAAUGGAUUCUUCUACUUUUGGGGUGGUGAUCCUCACCAAGAAGUCGUUUGGGAAUCCAUAUAGCAUCGAAGAGCUGAGGUAUUUCCUUGGGAAGAAGAACCUCGUCCCAAUUUUCUUCGAUUUGGGUACGGGUGACUGCCUCGCCAGAGAUAUAAUCGAGAGGCGGGGGGAGCUAUGGGAGAAGCACGGGGGCGAGCUGUGGAUGUUGUACGGUGGAUUGGAGAAGGAAUGGAGGGAGGCUGUGAAUGGCCUCUCGCGGGUCGAUGAUUGGAAAUUGGAGGCAUGCGAUGGGAAUUGGCGGGACUGCAUAUUGAAGGCUGUGAUUCUCUUGGCGACAAAGCUCGGGAGGAGGAGCGUUGUUGAGAGGGUGAAUAGAUGGGUGGAAAGGGUGGCGAAGGAGGAAUUCCCCUUCCCUCGGAAUGAGAAUUUCAUUGGCAGGAAGAAGGAGCUUUCCGAGCUUGAGCUCAUCUUGUUUGGCGAUGUGAGUGGAGAUGGGGAGAGGGAGUAUUUUGAGCUCAAGACCAGACACCGGCGGAGGAAUUUGGUCAUUGGUCGGAGCGAAAACACUAGACUGGAAGAAAGAGAAGCAGAAAGCAGCAGCAAGGGGAAAGAGCCAGUCAUAUGGAAGGAGUCUGAGAAGGAGAUCGAAAUGCAGAGGGUUGGGAGUCCACCGCAGUGGCAAUACCAUCCUUUGAGAGCGAAACAUGGAGGACGGAGUGGUAGGCGGAAGCGAUCUUCGAAGAUAUUGUAUGGGAAAGGCAUUGCUUGUGUUUCCGGCGACUCAGGCAUCGGGAAGACGGAACUGUUACUGGAAUUUGCAUACCGAUUCUCUCAAAGAUACAAGAUGGUUUUGUGGGUAGGAGGAGAGACGCGGUAUAUCCGGCAGAACUACCUGAAUCUAUGGUCAUUUUUGGAAGUCGACGUGAGCCUUGAAAACCCAUGUGCAGAGAAGGGUCGGACAAAGAGCUUUGAAGAACAGGAAGAAGAAGCGGUCUUGAGAGUGCGGCGAGAGCUGAUGCGAGACAUCCCAUUUUUGGUAGUGAUCGAUAACUUGGAUAGCGAGAAGGAUUGGUGGGACCAGAAACUUGUGAUGGAUCUGUUGCCGCGGUUCGGUGGAGAGACCCACUUCAUCAUCGCCACUCGCCUCCCUCGGGUGAUGAAUCUCGAGCCUCUAAAGCUCUCCUACUUGUCAGGCGUGGAGGCCAUGUCAUUGAUGAAGGGAAGUUUCAAGGACUAUCCAAUCAUCGAAAUGGACGCUCUCAGAGCCAUUGAAGAGAAGCUCGGGAGGCUAACACUAGGCCUCGCGAUAGUGGGGGCCAUCCUCUCCGAGCUUCCCAUAGGUCCAAGCAGGCUGCUGGAUACAAUCAACAGAAUGCCAUUAAGGGAUUUAGUGUGGAGCAGUAGAGAAGCCCCGACGCUGAGACGGCACACAUUUCUCAUGCAGCUUCUAGACGUUUGUUUUUCAAUAUUCGAUCAUGCAGAUGGGCCCCGGAGUCUGGCGACUCGGAUGGUUCAGGUCAGUGGCUGGUUUGCACCCGCCCCAAUUCCAAUCCCGCACUUGGCGUUGGCUGCACACAAGGUUCCUGAGAAGCACCAAGGGGCUAAGCUAUGGAAGACAUGUGUUCGGGCCAUGACCUGUAGCUUCACAACAUCCCACAUCAAGCGGUCUGAAGCGGAAGCAGCUGCCAUGUUGAUCCGGUUCGCAAUUGCCAGAAGUACCACUAAGCCUGGGUGCAUCCAUUUCCAUGAGCUGAUCAAGCUAUACGCACGGAAGAGAAGGGUGGCUGGAGUUGCACAGGCCAUGGUCCACUCCAUCACCAUCAGAGGGUCUAUCUCCCACCACUCCGAACACAUCUGGGCUGCGUGCUUCUUGCUAUUUGGAUUCGGGACCGACCCAGUGAUCGUCGAGCUGAGGGUAUCGGAGCUGUUAUUCUUCGUGAAGCGGAUUGUCCUGCCACUCGCGAUCCACACAUUCAUCACCUAUUCGCGGUGCACAGCAGCAUUGGAGCUGCUCCGGCUGUGCACUGGAGCGUUGGAGUCGGCUGAGGAGACGUUGGUCUCGCCAGUAGAGAAGUGGCUCAAACGAUCUCUAUGCUGGAGGCAGCCCACGCGGUCGAAUGCCCAGCUGAAUCCAUACCUUUGGCAGGAGCUGGCGCUGCUGAAGGCGACGGUGUUGGAGACGCGGGUGAAGCUGAUGCUGAGAGGAGGAGAGUAUGAUGCCGGAGACGAUCUCAUCAGGAAGGCAGUCUACAUUCGGACGUCUAUUUGUGGAGUGGACCACCCUGACACGAUUGCUGCACAGGAGACGCUGAGCAAGCUCACCAGGCUUCUUACGAGCGUCCAAGUCAUCAGGUGGGCCCUGCUGUCCAUGUGUGGUCCAGCCUCGAAUCUGGGUGAUCUGGUUCUCAGGCAGUCAGGCCGCUGUGUAUAAUGAUGUGGCCCAUCUGAUCAAUGGAAUAGAUCUUGUGUUUGAUUACUGUUUCAAUGGUUAGCACGAUGCACCAUUAGGUGGGCCCUGCUGUCCAUGCGCUGCGCAGCUUCGAAUCGGGCGGUCUGUUUAUCAGGUGGUUCCACAAGUCCCUUUUGAAUGUGGAUUGCUGGUAGUCUGUUUUGGGACC